UCAAUCAAUCAAUCGAUCAAUCAAUCAACAUAGGUUGUACAUACUACUACUGCUACUCAGGAUAAGUAUUACAUCUAACCUCCCCCUCUCUAUUCAGUUUAUUCAUUCUUCCAAGUUUCUUCUAUCUUAUAUCUCAUAAACAACACGUUGUCUACACCCAUAUAGAUAGAUCCCAUACUUACACCUCCCCACCUCCUUCUUCAUCUAAUCAACUUCUGAUCAAUCAAUCAAUCCAAACAAUCAAAUCAAAUCAAUCACCAUCAUCAUCAUGUCUGCUUCUGAUUUAGUCUCUGCUUCUAACGUUAGUACUCCUUCCAUCAACUUACCUCCAAGAAAAAGAGCUAAAACUAAAGAAGAAAAAGAACAACGUCGUGUCGAACGUAUAUUAAGAAAUAGAAGAGCUGCCCAUGCUUCUCGUGAAAAAAAGAGAAAACAUGUGGAAUAUUUAGAAUCUUAUGUUUUAAAAUUAGAAUCUAAUUUAAAAUCUUUAUCAUCAAAUUUUGAUUCUGUAUCAAAUUUAUUAUCUAGUAAUCAAUUAAAUCAAUUAAAUUUAAUUGAAUUAGAAAAUAUAAAUGAUUUAAAAGAAAAAAUUCAUCAAAAUUUAAAUACACCACUCGUACCAGAUUUCAUUGAAUCAUUAGAAUCAAAUUUAAAUUCCCCUAUGAUUGAUUCCAAAUCAAUCGAUGAUUUAUUCUUAUUCACCAAUAUUAAUACCAAUCAUCAACCUUUAACUUCUCAUCAUGAUACCAUGGUAUCUAAUGGAGCUGAAGAUUUUUUUAAAUAUGGAUGAAUUUUUCUCAUUCUAGAAUUUUUAUCAUUUGUUUGUUUUUGUUUAUUUGUUGUAUAUUAGUUUGGGUUUUGUUUUGUUAUGUUGGUCUGAUUUUUUUUAUCAGUUUUUGGGCUUGCUUUUUAUUAUGUUUAUUUGUGAUAUCUUUAAUCUUAAUUCUGUUUUAUAUUUGGUUCCAUUUGAUAUCCUUACACUUGUUAGAGAAAUUAUACUUUGUUAUAUUAUUAAUUUAAAAAAAUUAAAAAAAUUAAAAAAAAAAUUAAAAAAAAAACUCCAUAAAAAACAAAGCUAGUUUUUAAAAAUAUCAUCAUCAUUAUUAUCAUUAUAUCCAAUUCAUUUU